AAUCAGAGAAAUAUACACGAUCGUCGGAAAACAGCGGAACACCCAAAACGGCAAAAUCAACGACGUCAAACACGGAUCCGCGCUACGAUUCACGAAGGAGGAAUGCGCGACCACCGUUCCUCGAAUAUGAAAAUCGUCUUCUCUCUCUCUCUCUCUCUCUCUUUAUCUCGUUUCCUCCUCGAUCCUCACGCGAAGGAUCGCCAGGCACACGCGUCCCCUCGCGACGAUCGUUGCGUAACGAUCGGCGUCACGAGGCAGCUGCAUCACCGAGCCGUUUUCGCAUCGAGAAACCGCGAAUAAAUAACUCUCCCGCGGCGGGAUCGUAAAACCCGAGGCUCGGGUCGAUCCACGGCAUUGAACCGUGAAGCGGUUGUUCGAUCGACGGCCGAUCGCGACCACCGGCGACGACGACGAGAGAAAUUCUGCUUGGCCGUCGCGCGACGACCGCCGCGUCGCAGCCGCCACGCCGUCGGAGUUUAUUCCACGCGAUCGCGCUGAGAGAGACAGAGAGAGGAAAGGUUCGGUCGGACAGACGGACGGAUGAAUCUCUCUCGUCGCGACCGUAAUACUUGAUUUCCCACGUGGCAUGGUGCGGGCGCACUCUAUCUCUUACCGCCGGCGCGCCAGCUGUAGGGUCGAUUAAUCGCUCGUUUCUCACCACUGACGGCCCUCCUCGGUGAGAAAGAAUCGUCGUCACGCGAAAGACGCUUAAUUGUCGGCAUUACGCUCGUCGGGACGUGUCAAUUCGCCGCCGCCGGGAUUCCAGCAGCCGGUCGGAUGGCGAGAUUCGCCGUAUCGCGCGUUUCCUCUCUCUCUCUCUCUCUCUCUCCUCAUCCGCUUUUGAGGACAUAGCGUCGUAAACGCGUUGUCUCUCGCAUCCAGCGAGCGGAUCUAAUCGUGAAAAAAGAGCGAAGCUUUUGAGCGAGCGAGAGAGUGCACACGCGUCUCGAGAGAGGGGGAGAGCUUGCGGUAUUUGAAACUGGAUCGCGAAACGCACGCGGCGAAAUUCCGAGGGGGAAAAAAAUUCUCAUUCGCUCUUCUCCAAGGGCUCAUGGGUGCAACAAAUGUCGGAGGAACCCUUUUUCUCUUGCAAUCUCCCUGUCUCUCUCGCUCGUGUAGCUUGCCCUUCCCCCGGUUGCUGUUAUCUCGAAAUUGAAAACAAUGCCGCGAGACUAAACAUUCCGCCCGGCGUUGCUCUCUCUCUCUCUCUCUCUCUCCCCCUCUCUCUCCGACGUUGCAUACAUAACGUUGCUUGAGUUACGGGGCGCAGGGCCGCACGUGCGGCGUAAGUUAUGCGCUGCACCUGGAUUAAACCGAGAACGUCGAAAGAUAUUGCGCGCCUCCCGACGGAAAAGCUCGAUCGCGGAUAAGGCGAAAAAGCGGCUCGCUCCAGAUCGGCCGACUAACCGGGGCAUCGCGCUGACGUCACCGACGCGCCCGUUUCCCACCGGUGGACGUUGGAUCGCCCGAUUUUUGUCGACCCGCUCGCCUUAAGACACGAUGUCCCUUUGAUUCGAAAACACUGCGAUAUUUCCCGAUUGUUAUUCUCUCGGAGCGUGCGGUGCGAAGUACAGCUGGAUGGAGAGAAUCGAAUUUGGAGCUUUCCCUGCGAUAACGUAUCCACGUGAAAUCACCGGUCGUUCGUCGAACAGGAAGAAUUCGUCUCGCGGGUCUCGCGGGUCGCGCGCGACGAAUUGUUUGGAGAAGGCGAGGGAAAAAUGUGUCGUUCGGGAAAGGCGGUCGAGCGUGUUCUCUGUAAUGUAGGUUAUCGGCGACGCCUUGCGAUACCAGUCGUGCCGCGCGUUAAAACCGUGGUAUCGAUAACAAGCGGAACCAAUAUUUCGCGCGCGCAGCACUGGCAUUCGUUAUCGUAACAAACGUGGAAAUGAGCAAGCACGGCGCAACAUUUUCGCGCCGAUGUCCUAUUCAAACAAAGUCAUCGGACCGUCGCAUUGACGCCGUAUCUCUUGACACGCGCGCGAUUGUGUUUUUCGCGGGACGAACGAUUCAGCGGCCGACGCGAGCGAGCGAGAGACGUUGCAGCUUCGCUCGAAAACAGCGAAAACAGAGGUCGAGUGACUGAUCGAAGAUCGACGGUUCAUCGUGAAAAAUCUCAGGCAUUCGAGGUCGAUGAAUACGAAUGCGGAAGGCAAGCGCACCGACGAGACGAUCGGCCGCGGGAAUCGUUCGACUUCGAUCGUUGAAAUCAGCCGCUGCCGUUCGCGUUUUCAGAGAUAUCAUUUUAUCCGGCCGGGACGCGGGAUCAAUCGGUGAUUCGCGCAGAUGCGCCUAUUCUAUUUCUGAUUAUCGGCGGAAAUCGCGGAAAAACCGCAGCGUCGGAACGAACGGGAGUUUUGACGAUAAAACUUGGAAAUGUGGCCGCGCGCGGCCCUCGAAAUUGCGCGACCCGAAUACACUCGAACGCUCCGCCGGUUGAAUUAACCGAAUGUGACAAUGGCGGAAAGCUUAUUAAUAAUCGACGCGGUUCGGAACGCGUGUAUUCUCCCCCCUACAAUACCGCAUUAAUUCGUCAACCGCGCAUUACGCGCGCGUGCUCGCCUCUCUAAUGACAGUCGACUUUAUUCGUAUCGUGUUCACAAAUACGCGUGCGGAGGGUCGGGGCGGGUCAGCGAAAUGAAAAUCGGCUGACUGCUUCCUCGUUAUACGAGGUGUUACGCGAAAUAAUGCACACGCUGUAAUCGAUACGUAGCUACCGAAUGUACUCGGGUAUUUAGCGGAGACGCUCGUAUUAAAUUAAUCCCCGCGCGCACACAAGAAGUCGCCGUCUCUACCGUUUUUGCAGCUCUCGCCGUAUCCGCGCGGAUCUUCGUGAAUGGGACGCGGUAGCAGUCGCGUGAUACAAUAAGUCGCAUUAUCGUUUAUUAACGUCGGACGACUUGACCUGUAAAUUUCGGCCGACGACCUAUUUCCCGAUCUCGAGAUUAUCGGCCUCAACGAUCGACGCGAACGACGGUUCGGUCUGCGGUCGGCGAUGACGAAUACGCGGGCUUCGAAGGUUGAACGUUAACGACUCUCGCAACAACGUCGCUGACAAAUUGGAGACGCGAGGGAUCGAGCGAAACCGCUGUCAAAUCAUCGCCGGAGAUUAACCCUCGUCCCGAGGUCGCUCGAACGGACCCUAACAUGCCCGACCUUAUAUAUAUAUAAUCACUGCUUACGAAAAAAUUAUUUCCCUCGGGAGCUCCGGGGCGGAUUUGGGUGGCUCUCGAUGUUCUUCCCUUCCCUCCCCUCGGGCCGGCCUCGUUUAUCGUUAUCGCCGUCUGAAAACUGCGAACGCUUUCCCGGGAGGGCGCAGACAAUUCUUACAAGUCGCGGCGAUAAAGCGGAUAGGAAGAUAAGACGGUUGCGCGCGGCAGGAAUAAAGGCGAACGCCUCGGAAACUCGCCCAAGAUCGUCAUUGCUCUCCCUCUUUCUCUCCCUUCUCCCUCGCCUCUUCAAAUUGCAUGCAGCCGCGAGGAAUCGCGUACAGUAUUCCGACAGAGUCGCGUACAGCUGGAGCGCGAGAAGUCGUGCCGCGUGUACAUAUGUCGGCGAAUCGACGAGGUGUUACGGACGGGGAGGAAGAGUCACACGGACAAUCGCUUCUUCCAGCGGACCGAGAGGGCGAAGAGUAACAGGGACGUGCGGGCGAGACGGCGCGAUGUUCGAGAACAUUGCGCGUUGUCACCGACGAAAUUGGAUCGCGCCGUCCUCCCACCGAGAAAGCGUUGCGUCCGAACGAGCGUUGUGGUAGAACCUCUUUGGCGACGGUUCGACGACGGACCUCAAGGAUACGCCGAACGAUCGUCAUCGUCAUCAUCGAGAGAGAGAGAGAGAGAGAGAGAAAAGAGGCGGGGCGUAUCAUGACCGAGUCAGAACCACGUAAUGUUGCGUGGCGUACGUCACGUGUCCACGUGGUCGAGACAGCUCUUCGUGAGUGGUGAGAGAGCGUGAUAAAUCGUACGCGAUUAGUCGGCGUUUAAUUGCACGAGUUUAAGGGCGACCCUUGCGCAAAAAUUGAAAGCGCUCCGCCGGUGGUUCAAAGCACCGGCAUGUCGAGACGGCCUCGCGGUCGGCUCGACUCAGAACUCGCUGGCUCGGUAUAAAACGCGGUCGGUGAUCAAGAAGAGGAGGAGAAAGAAGAGGAAGAGAAAGAAGAAGGAGGAGAGGAGACUCGGAGCGCGCAUGGCGGGAGGAGAGAGAGGGGGAGAGGGGCCGAGCGAGAGGCGCAAAAUGGGAGCAACGAAAUAUGUGUUAGGCAGCGCGAUCUUAGGACUCUUUUGGAGCAGCUUGCUGAAGGGCGUCCUGACCAACUCCAGCACCAGUAGGUGCGACUAUCCGCCCUGCUCCUGCGACCACUACGGCAGGCUGACCUGCGACUGCAAGGAGGACGGCGAGGAACUGAUCCUGACGACGGAAGGCGACAGACGGCUGAGUCCGCACAUCAGCCGGAUAACGGUGAGCAACUGCUCGUCCGUGAUCCUGACGAACUCCAGUCUGGCCUCGAUGAGCGGGCUGCGGUCGGUGGAGCUGGUGAACGUGGCGAACUUGAGCCUGGUGCGGCAGAGCUUCGAACUGUCGUCGCACAGCACGCGCACGCGAAUCACCGUUAGGAACAGCAGCGUCGACGUGAUGCCGAGCUUCGUGUUCCGCGGCGACGUCGAGGCGAUCACCUUCGAGAACGUGAGGAUCGGCCAGCUGAGUGCCUUCUCGUUCGCCAACCUGGUGCACACGGAGAGCCUGCGGCUGGAGAACUGCCAGAUCGAGACGACGGAGGCGCAGGCCUUCAAGAAGUUCGACGUCGGCUACCUGCACGUGGUAGGCGGCAGCUUCGGCGAGCAGGUGCCGAGCCGUACGAUGAACGACAUCGAGGUCUACCACAAGUUCAUGCUGGACGGCGUGAAGAUGGGCGUCGUGCGGAGCGACGCCUUCAUAGUGAGGAGCCCGCGCACGGUGGCGAUACAGAACUGCGCGAUCGACACCCUGGAGAGCGAGGCGUUCGACGUGACGGCGCACGGCGCCGUGAUCGUCAAGAACAACAUCUUCGGCAGCAUCGGGGUGGGCGCGUUUCUCGGCAUACGCGCGGAUCGCGAGAUCCGAGCGCCGUCGUCGUCGUCGGCGAGCGGGCUGCACGAUCUCAUCUUCAAGAACAACAGCGUGAGCAGUUUCGAGGAGGGCUCGCUGAUGUUCGAUCGCGCGAGCUUCCGGCCGGAGCUCGACAAUCUGCUGGUCGCGCAGGCCUGCGACUGCCAAAUGCUGCCGGUUUGGAAGAACAACGUGCUCAACUACAGCAACGUCUACACGCGGUUCUACGCGAGGCAGAACUCGCUGACGCCGCCGGCGACGUUGUCGCAGUCUCAGGAGCCGAUCAACGAGACCCCGGAGACGUUCCUCUGCCUGGACGCCCGGGUGAAGGGUGUGCCGACGAGCUUCGCCGAUUACGAGGCGCGUCAUUGCUCGCUCGGCGGCUCCAUGCUCGUCUUCAUCCUGAUCAUCGUCGCGGCCCUGCUCGUGCUGAUCGUCGGCGUCUGCCUGAUCGUCUGGUGUUGCCGGAGACGCAGACGGAACAACCGGAAGAAGUGGAUCAGCGUGCCGACGAACGCGCCGGACGUCGUCUCGAAGAAGAACGGCGUGAUCGGCAGGGAGGCGGCGACCUCCGGCACGCCGGUCGACAGUAGGAUAACCAUGGUGGUGCCGGAUGGCAGGCUGUACAGGGAGACCGAGUUCCACGUGAUGAUCGUCGAGAAGACCGAGAUCGUCGAGCCGCUCACGACCGAGUUGUAACGAGAAGCCCCCGGCGGCUCGAGGGGACCCGCGAUCGCUCCUGUUGAGGAGGAGGAACUCGAGUGGGCGGAAACGUCGAGUCGUUUUCGAGUGUACAAGCUAUGAGAGAGAGAGAGAGAGCGAGAUACGGACGCUGCGAUCAGCGCCAGUGAAGAGAACAGUGACGGGAAUUCGUGAGAUCGGUGACGCGAAGGAUCGGUUUCCUGUGACAGGACAAAGAGACACGGACGUUGACCACGCGCGUCAACGUAAACCGUAAAUCGUCGCCGCUUGAGGAAUAAUAGAACGUAACCCCCCCCGAACUUUCCUUUCUUUUCCCGACCUUUCGUUCCUUCCUUCAUUUAACCGACUAUCUCCUAGUACAACGCAGUUCGUAAGCUUCCAUUCACAUAUCACGAGCGGCCGCCGAUUAUCCGCCGCGGCUCUCUCAUUCCCGCCUGUCGACCUUUCGCCCCGGAGGCGACGAUCGCGCACCUCGAUGACGAUUGAGGAGCUCCGCGAACGAGUCGCGGACUCGGAUGAUCGGUCACCGCUGUUAGUUAAGUUUAUCGUUGCGUAACUUUCGAGAGCGGGCCAGUGUCGUAGAAGACGAAGCGACCUCGUUGAAGCGAUACGAUUUAGAAAGAGAGAAGAGAGUAUGUGUGUGUGUGUGUGUGUAUACGCGUGAAAGAGAAUGAGAGAGAGAGAGAGAGGAGCGUACGCGUAAGUGGUGUAGAGAAAAUCCUAAACUCGCUGUCUUGUGUAAGAUACGCGAUUGGGCCGACCUUUCGCACUUCGUUGCUUUAAGUUUAUCGAUCGAUAGCGAUAGCGGUUAUCGGCGUAUUACAUUGCGUAUUAGUGAGCGUCUCGAGCGAAUAUCACGGUACGAAAGGACCAAGAUGACCGCCCCGCUCGGACAGCUGUGCCAUUCCUGGAGUGACGUCACACACACGUCUCGUGUCCACUCCGUAGAAAUUCUGAUCUCUCGUACGAGGAAAGAAAUAGACGAAGAUGAGGAAUAUACUUCUUAUUAAGCUUUCAUAUCAAAAUCCCCCUCGGAUCCUAUCGUUUUUACAGAGCGGAAGAUGGCGGAAGAUCAACGGUGAUGUAAUACGACAACGAGCAGAAAUAAACCGACGAGACAGACGCAUCCCCUUAGGUUAAAGAAACAUCCCCCGUAUUACGGGGAAGAUGAGGCGAAAACACCCGCGAGACGAUAAACCGGCGACGUGACGUCGGUCUUUACACGGCGUCGUCGCCGCUGUAAAUUCUCUUAUCGUUUCCGUUAACGUUGUUCUAUUAACAUCGAUGUGUAUUUAUUCGCAUGCUUUCGCAGAUACCUGGCAAUAAACUGUUGUUACUGUUAUCAUAAUUUACGUUUAGUCUUAAGUGGGGGCCCUCUGGGUCUCGGUAAUUAAAACGUUGCGUGCGAUCGUUCCCAGUAAAAUUAAUAAUUAAAUAGCCGCAUGAAUUCCCAACAGGAUUUGUAAUCAAUUAAAUCAUUUGUCAUACA